GUUAUGGAGAAUCAUACGUCAACUCUCUAAUCACAUCAGAUCUGAGCACCUUGACCUGGAACCUUCAGGCAGCAAUCGAUAACAUCUUCCAGAGUUUUCAGAUGGCGCUUUACUCGAUGAGCUCAUACGAUCAAUCGUACGUUCAAGAUAAUUGUGUUGCCAAAAACCUGACCCAAAUGUCUCAAAUACCCAACUCGUUGAGCAAGCUUGGUCCGUGUCUACAACAAGAAGUUAACACUGCAAACGUUAUCACCCCAACCAUCAUUUCAACUAUCCAACUAUUCAAGAAGGAUCUGACGGCGUACAUCAACCUACUGCAAAUCUGCCAACCAACAUCUAGCUCAUGCUUCGAUCAGUUCUUCACGAUGGCCUCAAACGAUUUCGGCCAGCUUUGGAAUGCGCUUUACAUGGUGCAGCAAUAUGUAAGCAGUGCCCAACAAGAUGCCUACGCAAGGAACAAAAUCUGUUCGGAAAUGGUGAAAAGUGAUAUUCAGGAUGCAAUUUCCAACUUGCAGUCUGCGGUGUCCAGCUGUGCAAAUCCUGCUCCCGUCACUGUUGGUCGAGCUUGAAGAACUGCAGUUUCGUUCCGAGCAUGUUUUUUUGUGCAAUGCAUUAAUCAGGUGAUCGUACUUUAAUAUUAUCCGAGGCUAAAACUUCAUCGUAUAACAAUAAAGUAUCAG